CCUGGCCCCUUUCACAGUCAUGGACCAGUGGAUGGUUUGGGGCAGUGAUGCAGCUUGUGCACCCAUCCACCACAACUCCACAAUCUGUAGUGAGGUGAAAGCUCUUUGCCAUCACAUUGCCACUGAGGCAGGACAACUGAGCUUCAACAAAGGGGAUAUUCUGCAGGUCAUCUCCAAGGUGGAUGGUGACUGGCUGCAGUGCAGCCUUGGCUCCGAGAAGGGACUGGUGCCCAUCAUGUACGUCACCCACCCCGAGGACGAGGACUAUUGACACGUUUAGGAGGCCAAGCACAGUUCCCUGGGCUGCUGAGGCUCCUCUGGGGUAGCCUACCCUGCCAGAGGAACAAACACAGCUUCUUGCUAGUUUCUUACCUUUCCUGCCAUUACAGAAUACAGUAACCGUAGGUGGUUCCUUCUUGCUCCUCCUUGUGCAGCUGCCAAAGGCCAACUUAGCCCCCCGGGCUCUUCUGCGAGCUGCACCUCCUAUUGCCAGGCAUCGCCAUGCAUGCAGCCACACCAGGGACCGCCUGACCCCCCCCUCCGCCCCACACUGUCUCCAGCACCCACAGGCCAUGGACUUGUGCAUUACAGGAACCCAAGCAGUCCCUGCCAGGGCAGCGCUGCCCCGCUGCCCAGCUCUUGGAUGCUGGGGGGUGCAGGAUGCUGGCUGUCCCCUCCCUGGGGGUGGCAGUGCAGUCUGCAGCCUCCAGCAUCCCCGGCAUCCUCAGCCGCAGGGGUGGGAGCAGCCUGCCUUGGCAGGGUCCCUGCGAGGCUGGCCUGAUGGCUUGUGUUUAUUGGGGCACUGCAAGGUAGGCUCCCCCACACUGGAGCAUCCCUGUCCUAGUGUGCUGUAGCGGUUCCUGGAGGGCUCUACUGGGACAAGUGGCCUGGCAGUGCCACGCUGCAGGG